AUGGCGACGGAGGUUUUACGGCCCCAGGACGUUUUACACGACAGGUUCGGAGUCCAUCCGGCACCGUUCCACCGCCGGAGAAUAUCGCCGGCGGCGGCGGGGAAUUUGAGUAACUUUGCUACUACCCGCAAGCCGCACGGGAAGAACUCCCACCCGAAGCCGGAGGCGAGGAAAUCGAGCCAUCGGUACGGCGGCGCCCCCAAUUCGCGGCGGAGGGUUGAAGCCCCAGCUGAAACCCCGGUCGCCAUGGGAAAGGUGACUAUUCUGAGGAGAGGCGAGUCGCUGAGCUCGAUCGCUCCACCGACCGCAGGCGGCGGAAACCCUAGCCUUCCCCCGAGGAAAUCCACCAACGAUCUUCCGGGUCGGAAGCAGAUCCGCUCGCCGCCGCCGGCCGACGUCUACGCCGGAUCCGCGUUUGCUCUGUCACCGUCUCCCAGAUCCGUCCCCCUUCCUUCGUUCUUCAGCCGGAAGGACUCGAACGACGGCGCCACCAGGGAUUUGAGGCGAUUGCUCCGCCUCGAAUGA